AUGAUGAUGUGCACGUGCACGUGUACAGCUGCACAUGUGCCGUUCCCGCCGUCGCGCAAACUCACGGUGGCCGAGGUCUUCGACCAGCGCACCCAGAAGCCCCGCCCGGACGUCCUCAAGCAGCACUUCAUACUCGAAGGGAGGAUCGACGAGCAGGCGGCGCUGCGCAUCAUCAACGAGGGCGCCCAGCUCCUGCGCCAGGAGAGAACGAUGAUCGACAUCGAGGCCCCCGUCACCGUGUGCGGCGACAUUCACGGACAGUUUUACGAUCUAAUGAAACUGUUCGAAGUGGGGGGACCGCCCUCGUCCACAAAAUACCUCUUCCUCGGGGAUUACGUCGACAGGGGCUACUUCAGUAUCGAGUGCGUGCUGUACCUGUGGGCCCUUAAACUCUGCCACCCAACGACACUCUACCUGCUCAGGGGUAACCACGAGUGCCGGCAUCUCACGGAAUACUUCACAUUCAAACAGGAAUGUAGAAUCAAAUACUCGGAGAGAGUGUACGACGCGUGUAUGGAGGCCUUUGACUGUUUACCCCUAGCGGCUCUCAUGAACCAGCAGUUCCUCUGUGUGCACGGCGGCCUGUCGCCGGAAAUCCACAAUUUAGAAGACAUACGCAAGCUCGACAGGUUCAAAGAACCACCGGCCUUCGGACCCAUGUGCGACCUCCUCUGGUCGGAUCCGCUCGAGGACUUUGGCAACGAGAAAAACGCCGAGCACUUUUCCCACAACAGCGUACGAGGAUGCUCGUAUUUCUACAGUUACGCGGCGUGUUGCGACUUCCUCCAGAACAACAAUCUGCUGAGUAUCAUUAGGGCACACGAGGCACAGGACGCCGGAUACCGCAUGUACCGCAAGUCGCAGACGACGGGCUUCCCAUCGCUGAUAACCAUCUUCAGUGCUCCCAAUUACCUCGACGUCUACAACAACAAGGCGGCUGUGCUUAAAUACGAGAACAACGUCAUGAACAUUAGGCAGUUCAAUUGCUCGCCACAUCCGUACUGGUUACCCAAUUUCAUGGACGUUUUCACGUGGUCCCUGCCUUUUGUUGGCGAAAAAGUUACGGAAAUGUUAGUGAAUGUUCUUAACAUUUGCUCGGACGAUGAACUUAUGAGCGACGGAGACGAUGCGCUGGAAGAAGAAAUCAAAUCUUAA